AACAGAGCACAGUGCUGACAGAGAUUUAAGUACUUUGGAAACAUUCUUAAAGGAGAUGGUAUGUUCAAACUGCAGCCCUACUCAGAAGCGAUCUCAGUCCCAGACUUGAACCUGUUGGGAGAAGGAAGUUCCUACAAAGAGGGCAGGAGAGUGUCGCUCUAAUGGAGGGUGUGUGUCGGAGAGGGGGUGGGGGAGGUGCGUGGAGAGUGACACCGUUUCUCUGAGACGAGGGGUGCCGCCUCCCCUCCCCUCGCAGGAGAUGGCCUUGAGGUCCCUCGAGCCGGGGCCAUCAGGAGGGUAGGGAGAAGCGAAAAAGAAAACGCAGUUCCUUCAGGCUGGGGCCGUGCCUGAGGGCGGAGGCCGAGAGCCCGCCAGUGACGCCUUCUCUUCCAGAGAGAGGCCAGGGCUAUGUGAAGAGGGGCUGGAGUUCAGGCGCUUUUCUAACGGGAAGGGAGAGCAGUAUUGGGUGGCGGUAGGGUCAGGGAAGGAGCUUUCAGCACGACUCUCCCUGGUGGGCAGCGGGUCCGAAGAGCCCAAAAAGGCAUGGAGGAUUCUGAGGCCUGGCCCUUUCCCUGCCGGCAGAGGGAGUCCCGAGAUGGACGGUCCAGAAUCCCUCCCACGAAAGACGUUUGCGGGGCCGCUGAAUCAAUUUUGUACAUCCCGGGGCUGAGUAAGAGCUGAGGUAAUUAAACGCGAGCGACAGCUGCCUCGGCACCUUGGACGCUUGGCGCCGGGCUGGGAGCCCGACGGUCUGAAUUCUCGCGAGAGCGGCCGCCGCCAUUUUUCCAUUGAUUGCAGCGGGCUGGGGGAGGGGCCGACGACGAAGGCGGCGACGGCGGCGGCGGCGGCGGCAGCGGCAGCGGCGGAGCAGCCGUGGGUCGGUGUCUGCGCGCUGGUGUCUGAGGCCCAGGCGGAGGCCUCCGCGGUUGCCGGAACGCAGACGGUGGCGAGCAUGACUGGCGCUGCCAUCCUCUCCUGAGUUAAGAGAGCCGCCACCACCCUGCCCCCUCCCCCGGCAGGGCAGAGAGGAGCGGCCGGAGUCUGAGCCAUGGUGCCCGGCGAGGAGAACCAACUGGUCCCGAAAGAGGAUGUGUUUUGGAGAUGCAGACAAAGUAUCUUUGAUGAAAUGAAGAAGAAAUUUUUACAGAUAGAAAAUGCUGCUGAAGAACCUAGAGUUUUAUGUAUAAUACAAGAUACUACUAAUUCAAAGACCGUGAAUGAACGGAUCACUUUAAAUUUGCCAGCUUCUACUCCACUCAGGAAGCUCUUUGAGGAUGUGGCCAACAAAGUAGGCUACAUAAAUGGAACCUUUGAUUUAGUGUGGGGAAAUGGAAUCAAUACUGCUGAUAUGGCUCCACUGGACCAUACCAGUGACAAGUCUCUUCUUGAUGCUAAUUUUGAGCCAGGAAAGAAGAACUUUCUGCAUUUGACAGAUAAAGAUGGUGAACAGCCUCAAAUACUGCUGGAGGAUUCCAGUGCUGGGGAUGAUAGUGUCCAUGACCGAUUUAUAGGUCCACUUCCAAGAGAAGGUUCUGUGGGCUCUACCAGUGAUUAUGUCAGCCAAAACUACUCCUAUUCAUCUAUCCUCAAUAAAUCAGAAACUGGAUAUGUGGGAUUAGUAAACCAAGCAAUGACUUGCUACUUGAAUAGCCUUCUGCAAACACUUUUUAUGACUCCUGAGUUUAGGAAUGCAUUAUAUAAGUGGGAAUUUGAAGAAUCUGAAGAAGAUCCAGUGACAAGUAUCCCUUACCAACUUCAAAGGCUUUUUGUUUUGUUACAAACCAGCAAAAAGAGAGCAAUUGAAACCACAGACGUUACAAGGAGCUUUGGAUGGGAUAGUAGUGAGGCUUGGCAGCAGCAUGAUGUACAAGAACUGUGCAGAGUCAUGUUUGAUGCUUUGGAACAGAAAUGGAAACAAACAGAGCAGGCUGAUCUUAUAAAUGAACUAUAUCAAGGCAAGCUGAAGGACUACGUGAGAUGUCUGGAAUGUGGUUAUGAGGGCUGGAGAAUCGACACAUAUCUUGAUAUUCCAUUGGUCAUCCGGCCUUAUGGGUCCAGUCAAGCAUUUGCUAGUGUGGAAGAAGCAUUGCAUGCAUUUAUUCAGCCAGAGAUCCUGGAUGGCCCAAAUCAAUAUUUUUGUGAACGUUGUAAGAAGAAGUGUGAUGCCCGAAAGGGUCUUCGGUUUUUGCAUUUCCCUUAUCUGCUGACCUUACAGUUGAAAAGGUUUGAUUUUGAUUAUACAACCAUGCACAGGAUUAAAUUGAAUGAUCGGAUGACAUUUCCUGAGGAGCUAGAUAUGAGUACAUUUAUUGAUGUUGAAGAUGAGAAAUCCCCUCAGACCGAAAGUUGCACUGACAGCGGGGCAGAAAAUGAAGGCAGUUGUCACAGCGAUCAGAUGAGCAAUGAUUUUUCGAAUGAUGAUGGUGUUGAUGAAGGGAUCUGCCUUGAAAGUAAUAGUGGAACUGAAAAGAUUUCAAAACCUGGACUUGAAAAGAAUUCCUUGAUCUAUGAGCUCUUCUCCGUUAUGGUUCAUUCAGGAAGUGCUGCUGGUGGUCAUUAUUAUGCUUGUAUAAAGUCAUUCAGUGAUGAACAGUGGUACAGCUUCAAUGAUCAGCAUGUCAGCAGGAUAACCCAAGAGGACAUUAAGAAAACUCAUGGUGGAUCUUCAGGAAGCAGAGGAUAUUACUCAAGUGCUUUUGCAAGCUCCACAAAUGCUUAUAUGCUGAUAUAUAGAUUGAAGGAUCCAGCACGAAAUGCAAAAUUUCUAGAAGUAGAUGAAUAUCCAGAACAUAUCAAAAACUUGGUGCAGAGGGAGAGAGAAUUGGAAGAACAAGAAAAAAGGCAACGAGAAAUUGAGCGCAAUACAUGCAAGAUAAAAUUAUUCUGUUUGCAUCCUGUGAAACAAGUAAUGAUGGAAAAUAAAUUGGAGGUUCAUAAGGAUAAGACAUUAAAGGAAGCAGUAGAAAUGGCUUAUAAGAUGAUGGACUUAGAAGAGGUCCUACCCAUGGAUUGCUGUCGCCUUGUAAAAUAUGAUGAGUUUCACGAUUACCUGGAACGAUCGUAUGAAGGAGAGGAAGACACCCCAAUGGGACUUCUGCUAGGAGGGGUCAAGUCAACGUACAUGUUCGAUCUCCUGUUGGAGACGAGAAAGCCUGACCAAGUUUUUCAGUCUUAUAAACCUGGAGAAGUGAUGGUGAAAGUUCAUGUUGUUGAUCUUAAGGCAGAAUCUGUAGCUGCUCCUGUCACUGUUCGCGCUUACUUAAAUCAAACGGUCACAGAGUUCAAACAGCUUAUUUCAAAGGCCAUCCACUUACCUGCGGAGACCAUGCGGAUAGUACUGGAGCGCUGCCACAAUGAUCUGCGCCUCCUCACGGUGCCCAGUAAGACCCUGAAAGCUGAAGGCUUCUUUAGAAGUAACAAGGUAUUUGUUGAAAGUUCUGAGACUUUGGAUUACCAGAUGGCCUUUACAGACUCUCAUUUGUGGAAACUCCUGGAUCGUCAUGCAAAUACGAUCAGAUUAUUUGUUUUGUUACCUGAACAGUCCCCAGGCUCUUACUCCAAAAGGACAGCAUGCCAGAAAGCUGGGGGCGAUUCUGGUAAUGUGGAUGAUGACUGUGAUAGAGUCAAAGGACCUGUGGGUAGCCUAAAGUCUGUGGAAGCUAUUCUAGAAGAAAGCACUGAAAAACUCAAAAGCUUGUCACUACAGCAGCAGCAAGAUGGAGAUAAUGGGGACAGCAGCAAAAGUACUGAGACAAGUGACUUUGAAAACAUAGAAUCACCUCUCAAUGAGAGGGACUCUUCAGCGUCAGUGGACAAUAGAGAACUUGAACAGCACAUUCAGACUUCUGAUCCCGAAAAUUUUCAAUCUGAAGAACGAUCAGACUCAGAUGUGAAUAAUGACAGGAGUACAAGUUCAGUGGACAGUGACAUUCUUAGCUCCAGUCAUAGCAGUGACACUUUGUGCAAUGCCGAUAAUGCUCAGAUUCCUUUGGCUAAUGGACUUGACUCUCACAGCAUCACAAGUAGUAGAAGAACUAAAGCAAAUGAAGGGAAGAAAGAGACAUGGGACACAGCAGAAGAAGAUUCUGGAACGGACAGUGAAUAUGAUGAGAGUGGCAAGAGCAGGGGAGAAAUACAGUACAUGUAUUUCAAAGCAGAACCCUAUGCUGCAGACGAAGGUUCUGGGGAAGGACAUAAAUGGCUGAUGGUGCAUGUUGAUAAAAGAAUUACACUGGCUGCUUUCAAACAACACUUAGAGCCCUUUGUUGGAGCUUUGUCCUCUCACUUCAAGGUCUUCCGAGUGUAUGCCAGCAACCAGGAGUUCGAGAGCGUCCGGCUGAACGAGACACUUUCAUCCUUUUCAGACGACAAUAAGAUUACAAUUAGACUGGGGAGAGCACUUAAAAAAGGAGAAUACAGAGUUAAAGUGUACCAGCUGCUGGUCAAUGAGCAAGAGCCUUGCAAGUUUCUGCUAGAUGCUGUGUUUGCUAAAGGAAUGACAGUACGGCAAUCAAAAGAGGAAUUAAUUCCUCAACUCAGGGAGCAGUGUGGCUUAGAGCUCAGUACUGACAGAUUCCGUCUAAGGAAAAAAACAUGGAAGAACCCUGGCACUGUCUUUCUGGAUUAUCAUAUUUAUGAAGAAGACAUUAAUAUCUCCAGCAACUGGGAGGUGUUCCUUGAAGUUCUUGAUGGGGUGGAGAAGAUGAAAUCUAUGUCCCAGCUUGCCGUUUUGUCAAGACGGUGGAGGCCUUCAGAGAUGAAGCUGGAUCCCUUCCAGGAGGUUGUGUUGGAAAGCAGUAGUGUUGAUGAGCUGCGAGAGAAGCUUUGUGAAAUCAGUGGAAUUCCUUUAGAAGAUAUUGAAUUUGCUAAGGGUAGAGGAACUUUUCCCUGCGAUAUUUCUAUCCUUGAUAUUCAUCAGGAUUUGGACUGGAAUCCUAAAGUUUCUACCCUGAAUGUCUGGCCUCUUUAUAUUUGUGAUGAUGGUGCCGUCAUAUUUUAUAGGGAUAAAACAGAAGAAUUAAUGGAGUUAACAGAAGAGCAAAGAAAUGAACUGAUGAAAAAAGAAAGCAGCCGACUCCAGAAGACAGGACAUCGUGUCACGUACUCACCUCGGAAAGAGAAAGCACUAAAAAUAUAUCUGGAUGGAGCACCAAAUAAAGAUCUGACUCAAGACUGACUCUGCUAGUGUAGCAUUUUCCCUGGGGGAUUUUUGUUUUAAUUAGAUGGUUCACUGCUACUGUGUAGUGCCGUUAUGGCCGGACAUGGGUAGGGGUAACCCAGUGACACCAGCACUGAUUGGACUGCCCUUCACCAAUCAGAAGCUCAGUGCCCAAUGGGCCACUGUUUUGACUUGGAAUCAUGUUGUGCACUAUAGUCAAAUGUACUGUAAAGUGAAAAGGGAUGUGCAAAAAAAUAAAAACAAAAAGCGAAACCUGCUACUAGGAAAGGGGGAAGGGGAAUGAGUACACUUCUUUUAUCGCGGACAAAUGUGCACAUAGCCGCUAGUGAAACUAGCCUCAAACAGGAUGCUCAUAGCUUCAUAAUAAAAGCUGUGCAAAGGCCAUGAAUGAAUGAAUUUUCUGUUUAUUUCACUGAUACACACAUUACCUCAUCGACAAUGUGGAAGUAAAUGCAACGUGUGUUGACUCUUGGAAAGCAACAAAAAUAGAAGCUGAAGAAAGAAAUUCUUAGAACCAGCCAUAACCCAGUAAAGAAUUGUGAAGUUGUGUUUUUAUUUUGUUUCGUUUUUUGCAAAGUAUUAAAAACAUUAUUCUGGAACAUCAGAACGUUUCCCUUAAACCGGGCCCAGCAGGUAGCAGCUCGAAUUGCUGCGGUAUUGUAAUUAUAACUGAUUGUACUUAAGUUAUGGAUGUAGAGAAUAUGGUUCACUCGUUCAUUCAGCAUGUAAAUAAAAUUGAUCCUAUUGAGUUAUCAUAAUUGCAGUUCAACUAUUUCCCAUGGUUAUUCUUUUCACAUAGCAUUCAUGACGUACGUUUGUGUACAUUGAGGAGUAUAGCAGUCUAUGUACAUGUAAUCCUCAGUGAGGUUCCUCCGUGCUGGGUCCCAUACGAUUGUAUUUGCCCUUGUUGAUGAGGUUUUUCUGUUCAGCGGCUUCAGUUUUUUUCUCUGUACGUUUACUUUUGAAGAUUUACUUCAAGUUUGAAUCUUCUCAAACCCUUGUAAGUCCCACUUUAAUUUCUGGAGUUGAUUUGUAGUUACAUGUAGUUUAACUUUGCGAAAGUGUCUUAACAUCGUGUUGAAGAAAACGCUAGUGAGUCAGGUCAUGGCCCAGGCUGAUGUAGUCAACGUGAUUUCAUUGCAAAGUCUGUUAGAAUGGGCAAGUUUUUGCUUUGCUAAAUAUGACUAUUCAAUGAACACAAUUCUACGUAAAUUUUGAAAAUGCCAUCUAAUUUAUAAAAAUCAAUUAAAAAGGUUUUGGUAAAACUUUUUCAUGCCAGAUGCUGUUUACAACGAUGAACACGCCAAUAAAACAUUUGUUCAUUC